AUGAAUUCAGUUGCCUUGGUGUUGACAUUCUUCUGCCUAGUCUCGGCUGGCGGAAACAAGAAUGUUCUGUUCCUUGUAGUGGAUGAUCUACGGCCUCAGCUGGGAAGCUACGAAGAUCAACAUUUCCCAUCCCCGACCCACCCUAAGAUGCACACACCCAAUCUGGAUGCCCUUGCAAAGAAGAGUCUGCUGUUGACACGAGGCUAUUGUCAGUACGCUUUGUGUGGGCCCAGCAGGGCGUCAGCGUUGACUGGGAGAAGACCCGACUCAACUCACGUUUAUGACCUUCGACGUUACUGGAGAGAAGUGGGAGGGAACUUCACCACUAUCCCCCAGUACUUCAAGGAGCAUGGCUACAAUACUAUAGGGAUGGGGAAGAUCUUUCAUCCUGGCGCUUCAUCUGGAGACAAAGAUCCUAUUUCUUGGUCUGAUGGGAAGCCCAAUAUUGAUUUUAUGGGAUACACUACACCAUAUGAUGACAACACUCUGGUAAAAGCUAUUACUGAAUCGGAGAUACUCAAAAAUCCUUUGAGUGAAACUAUGCUUGCCAACCAUGCAAUUGAUACGCUGAAGAACGUUUCUCACAAGGCAAAAUCUGGACAACAGAAUUUCUUUGUAGCUGUUGGCUUUCAAAAGCCACAUAUUCCUUGGCAUUGCCCUGCAAAAUACCUAAACUACUACCCAACGUAUUCUGUGAAUCCACCGUCAAAUAUGUACCCUCCAAAGAAUAUGCCUCUCGUUGCCUGGCAUCAGUAUAACAAUUUGGGUAAUUACGAUGACGUGAAAGCAUUGAAUUUGAGUAAUGUGGGCGAGGUUGGAUUCAAUUUUCCAAAUGACACGGUUGUACAAUUUCGCCAAGCCUACUACUCAUGUGCCAGUUGGAUUGAUGACGAGAUUGGGCGCAUCCUGAAGACUCUGGAAGACGAAGGACUGGCUGAUGACACUAUUGUCUCCUUUUGGGGUGAUCACGGCUGGGCACUGGGAGAAAAUGGAGAAUGGGAGAAACAAACCAAUUUCGAGAUCGCAACACAUGUACCUUUUAUGGUUCGAGUUCCUGGUCUCACAGACCAUGGCAUCAAGACAGACAAACUCACUGAACUGGUGGAUCUAUUCCCAACGCUGGUUGAAGCUGCAGGAUUACCCAAGCUCGAUAGGUGCCUAUCAUAUGAACACAAUGUUAAGGUUUGUGCAGAAGGUGAUAGUAUGAUGCCGCUGAUGACAAAUCCCAACGAUGGCAGUUGGAAGCAAGCAGUCUUCUCUCAGUAUUCUCAUAAUCUAGAUGACAGUGGCCCAUACAUGGGGUACACAAUCAAGACAGAUAGAUACCGUUACACAGAAUGGCCACAGUUUGACUCCAACCUCUACCAACCAGACUGGGACAAACAGCAAGGCGCUGAAUUGUAUGACCAUCAAAUUGAUCCCUGGGAAACCGAGAAUAGAGCCAACGACCACGCUUACCUUCACACACGUCAACAGCUCAGCUGGCAGCUGCGGGCGGGAUGGAGAAACGUCGGUACUCAUGGAGGACCAUUGGUUGGUUGA